AUGCUCAUAGAGUUGUCGUUUCAUGAGUAUCUGGUGUGCAUAACGUCAUGUGUAGAGGCCGCUGACUCAUCCUUCUACCUGAAUCUGCCUGGGGCAGAAUUUUGCCAUCCCAUCAGAGGCUGUAUCGAUCUCAAUGAUGGGAAGCUCGUACCACCAGCGCGGCUUACCCCUGAUCAAUCCAAAGACGAUGUUGAACCCUUAACACCGCAAUCCAUGGUAGAUGAAGCUUGCUCUCGAUCUUCGAAACGUCGAAAAACUGUCAGUGGUCUCCGGCUUGCUCCAUUCAAGUCAACAGCUUCACUUAACGAAGAAGAACUUGAAAAAGACAAUCAAGACACUUCAGUUCCUGGAAGCGGUGUUUCCGAUCCCCAAACAGCCUCAAUCCGUCAAGUACAUAGCGACACAGGAUUCCCGCAGCGCAAAAAGCCAGGAGAUAGCUCUGUUCCAGUAAUGGAGCCCACGUCAACUGAUAAACUCAUAUCCGGAAUCUGGCGUCAGGUCUUCUCGCCUGUGCAGUUGAGCCGGCUUCCAUCCGUAUGUGGAAUGAUAGAGCCCAGUAUCAAUAUCCGUACUGGAGUAAGUGGAGAUGUCUUCCGCGCUGUAAACACGCUGUGUUUGAAAUACUACAACCAAAGCCAGUCGUCUCGGGCCUUAGAAAUGGUCGUGCAAGCCUAUUGGAUAGAGUGCUACGAGGCCCGCAUCGCCGUGAUCCGGCUUCAAAAUCCGAACUUGUCCAUCACGGAGGCCCGAAUGAUAGCACUGAAGGAAACUUGUGCCGUGCUGAAGUGGAAAGAAAAAGACCUACGAAACCGGAUGGCGAUCUGGCGUGGCUACAAGGAGAUCAAAGACGCCGGGGGAUGGGCCAGUCUGAUCUUCGCCAGCGCGGGAGUCUACCGAUUCUGCAAAUACCGCACAGGGUUUGGCGAGGGACUCUCCACGCGCCUGCGUCAUAUUCGAAGCAGUCUCGAACUUGCGGUUGACACUUUGCACCCCGAAUGGCGAGACCUCCUGCAAGUCAUCGGUCAGGUCGAAGCACCUCGAUACCACGGUCAUCCUCACGAAUGGGUCACGGUGACCGGCGAACCGGCGGUUCCAUUAGCUUCGACAUACGCACACCUUCACCUACCAAACGGAUUUCAGUAUCAGUUCAUCGACGAGUGUGUCAUAGAUUGUGCAGCAUUCGGCACCGAUGACCCGCGCCAAGUCCCCGGUCCCGACCCCGAGACCUGUCCCGUCUGCGCGCAACGACAGUCCGACGAGAUUGAGAAGAACCAAUGCACAUGCUUCCCAGCAUUAUUCGGUGGCAUCCGGGGGACAGUACCGGUACAACUGUUUCGUACGACGAGCGGCAAGAACAACGGAGUCGUAGCCCGCACUUCCAUCGACCGCGGCACCGCCAUCGGCGAAUUCAUCGGCCUCGUAACGAACGGCAUCUCCGGCGUGGACGUGAUGCAAGGCGGCUCGCACAAGAAGCAGACGUACCAGAUCUACCAAGGUCAGAUGGGCAAUUUCACGCGCUUCAUCAACCACUCGUGUCGACCGAACAGCCAGUUUCAGCGAUUCUACUGGCGCGGGAAGGAGCGCAUCGUGGUGGUUUCGCGGGGCGUGGUGGCGGGAAGUGAGAUCACGGUGGACUAUUCGAAUCAGUAUUGGAAUCAGUUGGAUAAGAAGUGCCUUUGUGGGGAGAUGGUUGUGGUUGAUGGAGGAGGAGGAAGGAAGAAGGAAGAGGCGUGA